AUGGCUACCCAGCGCCUUUGUCUCCUGCUUUUCACCUGCCUGCUGGCCCCGGCAGCAUCUCUUCCUGCCUUUGACAUAAGAAACUUGCAUCUCCUCAAUGGCACGCUGGAUGAAAUUAUGAAUGUUCCCCCAGAGUCCACCCAGCUCGAUAACGGUGACGAACAUGUUCGACAGGUCAGAGACAUUGCCCCCCACCCACUGGCGGGCCAUGGUUGGCCCAAGGACUGCAGCGAGAUCCCUCCUGGCAGCCGCAGCGGUGUCUACAUCAUCCAGCCAAAAGGGCUCCACCACCUCGUGGUGUACUGUGAAAUGAAUACGACAAACGGGGGCUGGACGGUCAUCCAGAGGAACCAGAAAGACACACCAGUCACCUGGGCCGAGUCCUGGAGCACCUACAAGUACGGCUUUGGGAGCGUGCGCAGCGAGUACUGGCUGGGCACUGAGUACAUCCAUCAGAUCGCCAAGCAGAAGGUCUACCAGGUCAGGUUUAUCAUCCAGGACUCCAGCGACAACACCAAUUUCGCAGACUACAACCUCUUCAGCGUGGAAGAUGAGUCCCAUGGCUACCGGCUGAGGCUGGGCUCCUACACAGGGACGGCGGGGGAUGCCAUGACCUCAGACAAUCCCAACACCAUGCAUGACAACAUGAAGUUCUCCACAAAGGAUCGGGAUCAGGACACUUACAGUAAGAACUGUGCCUACAGCUAUGAGGGCGGGUGGUGGUACUCGGCCUGUUAUUCUGUACGACUGAAUUUCAAGGGCGGCAUGACAUGGGGCAACCUGUGCAAAGGGAACUGCAAAUCCUCCCUCAUCCUCAUCAAACCAGCCUCAUAUUGUUAA